AUGCCAGGCCGCGGACGUGGCGGUGGCCGGGGCGGUGGGUUCCGCCACGACUCGAUGCCUCGCUCGGUGCUGGUCUCAAAGGCCCUCACCCGCCUGCUGCGCCAUGCGGCCGUGGAGGAACGCAUCCCCAUUGACAACCACGGAUACGUGCGGAUGGACCACUUGCUGGGUUGGCAGAGGCUGCGCAACAUGAAGCCGCCCGUGACGAUGGCCGAGGUCGUGGAGGCUGUGCAGGAGAGUGAUAAGAAGAGGUUCGCGAUGAAGUAUGUCGGUGCUGGUCACGGAGAAGGGGGUAUCGAGGGUACCGAGGGCGGAGUAGUCCAGGUAGAAGAGGAAGAGACCAUCGAGGCAGAGACCACUCAACCAGAACCGGAAACGGAAACAGAAACGGAGACGCAGCGCGCAAUCUCGACCUUUGAGUCUGACCAGGCAGCGGCGGCGGCCGACACGAGGAGGUUCUUCAUCCGCGCCACGCAGGGCCACAGCAUGAAGACCGUCGAGGCCGAAAACUUACUGACGCCCAUCACACUCGACGACCCGGCCACCAUCCCGGACACGGUCGUGCACGGCACCUUCUACGGCGCGUGGGACCGGAUCCUGGCAAGUGGCGGGCUGAAGAGCAUGUCGCGGAAUCACGUCCAUUUCGCCUCGGGCCCGGCGUUGGCGGAAGUCUUACCAGCAGCCGUCGCGGACGACGUGGAUGACGACGACGACGACACGACCCAAUGGAAACGCAAGCCGGGGACCUCCUCGAAUAAUCUGGGUGCGUUGCUCGGCAAGAACAAGGUCAUCAGCGGCAUGCGAAGCGACGCCCAGAUCCUCAUCUACAUCGACAUCCGGAAGGCCUUGGCCGAGGCACCGGCCAUGAAAUGGUGGCGGAGCGAGAAUGGCGUUAUCCUCUCGGAAGGCGUAGCUUCUACUACUACUUCUACUACUACUACUGUUGCUGGUGCUGGUGCUGGUGGCGAUGGUGCUGAAGCAGACACGGCCGAGGACACCACGGCAAAAGAGACACCGAAACUCGUGCCCAUCUCGUACUUCCUCGCCGCCGUCGAGGUCAAGCAGGGGAUUGGUCUGCUUUGGGAGGCCGGCAGGGGACAAGUCCACGAACUGCCCGAACAGUUGCGCUCGAGGGCCGUGCCGCGAGGGAAAGGAGAGGCUGGGCCCAGAGGGAGACAGAGAGGGAGAGGGAGAGAGAAAGGGUAG